UCAAAUUUGGGUCAAAUAGUUGACCCAACACCAAAACAUUAGCCGUUUUUAACAUACUCCCAAAUAUAGCAAGAGGCUAUUUACAUAACUAUACAAUUGCACAACCAAUACAUCUAAAUAUUCCAAAAUUUCCCCCAAAAUUUCUUAAAAAAACACAAACAAUUAAUAAUAUAAUUAUAUCUAUAUAUAUAUUUAAAAAAAUAAUUGCAAAACAACAAAAAGAAUGAAACCCGGCAUUAUAAUCACAGACACCAACGACGACGCCGGUUUGUACGGGCUCAAGCGGUGGUGAUAAUGGCGAGCUCCGAAUCACCUCCGCCUCCAGCCGUUCUCUACGCCUGCGUCGCCCACGGUUCGACCAUCCUCGCCGAGCUCCUCUUUGACCAUGACGCCGAUCUCACCCUCGACCUCGACGACCCCGACCUCCUCUCCACCGCCCACCGCUGCCUCACCGCUGCCCCCCGCUACCACCGCUUCUACACCCACACUGCCCGCGGCCGUAUCCACGCCUUCCUCAUCCCUGAUCCCGACCCUUUCCUCCUCUUCUUCAUCAUCGCACACGAAUCCUUCCCCCGCCCUGAGGCCCUCCUCCUCCUCCACCGCCUUCGCCAGGCCUUCCUCUCCUCCAACCUCCUCCUUGACUCUCCGUCCCCUCCUUGCCUUCAGAACCAGCUCCUUCCUGUCCUCAAGAGUCUCCUUUCACCCUCUGAUCCUCCUGAGGAAACGCCAUCCCCUCCUCGGUCUCCCUCUCCUGAGGAUGCUUUGGUGGCCGAUCCGGUGGUGGAUGAGAGGAUCGAUGAUGAGAGUAAGGACUUGAAGAAGCGCAGCUCGUUGGCUGGUGAAAAUCGGACCAUUUUGGUCUCUGAUGAUGAUAUUGGUGGACAAAUUGCUUGCUUGAGCUUUCGACAGGUGAAACAGGCCAGAAGGGUAUGGGAGAGGCUUUUGAGGGUGGCGUUGAUUGUGGAUCUUGUCAUUUGUAGCUUCUUGUUCUUGAUUUGGAUAAUGGUUUGCCGGGGAUUUAAGUGCUUAGCUGCUUGAUGAACAAUGCUGCUGUUAAUUUGGCCAUUUUAUUUGGUUCCUGUGCACGAUGAUUAUGAGGUGCCAAGAAAGGACAUUCAAAGGAUUCUUUGUUGUGCUUUCCUUCUUCAGGUCAAGGAAGAUAUUCUGUUUUCGGAGCAUUUAUGUGCAUAUAAAUGUUUAAUUCGUAUUCUAUAUAUAUAUAUAUGCAAUUGCAAG